AGAACGGAAACCGUGGCACGGCGUGAGCCUACGCGCACAGCGACGCGCCGACUCACGCACGUAGGAGCGCGGGCCAAGUUGGGAAACCAAUCACCCGGGGCUUUGGCCGGUGGAUGCUUCGGGCCUCGCCGCCACGCGGCCGCCCCGGCGUGCUGAACUUGGCGACGCCAUGAUAGAAAGGAAAGAGGCCAAGCCGAACCGAAACAUUCCGUUGUGUCUUCUGUGACAGGCGCACACGAACAGGCGAUCGAUCGGUGAUAAAUAAUUCUGCGGCGUGGGUGGGGGUCCGUGGACGGGACUUGGCGGCGGAGUUGAGUUGCACUACGAAGCCAGCCAGCUAGCCAUGGGGAGCCAAGGACGCGGCGGCGGGAGCGCGGAGGAUGGGGCGGAGGCGGGGUCCUGGAGGCUGCGCAUGGAGAGCGUCCGCGUCCCGGAGCGGUUCCACCGCCAGGCACCCUUCUACUCCAGGAUCUUCGGCCGCUCGCACGGGAAGCAGAGGAAAAUCGCGAAGUACUACAAGCAACAAGAAAAAUUACUGAAGGAUUUCAGCGAUAUGGAGACCAUGAAUGAGCUUGGUUGCUUAGAUCAGAGUGCUCCUUCCGAGGAAGAGUUGAGGCAACUAGCAAAGAGCGAAAGAGUAGCUAUCAACCUGUCGAAUAUAAUUAAUCUGAUCCUUUUCAUUACAAAAGUUGUUGCCUCCAUUGAAAGUUUAUCGAUGGCGGUAAUGGCAUCGACGCUGGACUCUCUAUUGGAUCUCUUGUCAGGUUUCAUACUCUGGUUUACAGCACAUACUAUGAAAAAGCCCAACAAGUACAGCUAUCCAAUUGGAAAGAGGCGCAUGCAGCCAGUGGGCAUAAUUGUUUUUGCAUCGGUGAUGGGCACACUUGGCUUUCAAGUGCUGAUCGAAUCAGGGCGCCAACUUAUUACGCAGGAACACGCGAAUUUUAAGCGCGCACAAGAGCUGUGGAUGGUAGGCAGCAUGUCCUCGGUUGCAGUCGUCAAGUUUUUCCUCAUGCUGUACUGCCGGACGUUCAAGAACGAGAUCGUCAGGGCAUACGCCCAGGAUCAUUUCUUCGACGUGAUCACGAACUCGGUCGGCCUCGUCUGCGCGUUGCUCGCGGUCCGCUACAAAUGGUGGAUGGAUCCAGUUGGGGCCAUACUGAUCGCGCUGUACACGAUCACGACCUGGGCGAGGACGGUGCUGGAGAACGUGGGGACGCUGAUCGGCAAGUCGGCGCCGGCGGAUUACCUGACGAAGCUGACGUACCUGAUCUGGAACCACCACGAGGAGAUCCGGCACAUCGACACGGUGCGUGCCUACACCUUCGGCACGCACUACUUUGUCGAGGUGGACAUCGUGCUGCCGGGCGACAUGCCGCUGAGCCAGGCGCACGACAUCGGCGAGUCGCUGCAGGAGAAGCUGGAGCAGCUCCCCGAGGUCGAGCGCGCGUUUGUUCAUGUCGAUUUCGAGUUCACGCACAGGCCCGAGCACAAGGCAGAGGUGUGAUGGUGAAUUGGUGAAUGUUUGCUACAGACCACUAGUUCUGCUAGAGAUUUGACAGCACAUAUAUACUCCGUAUUUUGUAAGAUGAAUGCAACAAUUCCAGAGCUCUUAACUCGUAUAAAGGGCAUCUAGAUGUUUUGCCUUGUGGUGAAAAUUGAAAUACCGCAUAACUUUUUUUUUU